CAUUACAUGGAAUUCUUUGCCUCAUAAUCAUUCAAAUACUAUGCAUAAUUCGCAGCCGAGCACCAGCAGCACUAGCAGCACCUCUACUGCAGCCACUCAGUUGCAGCCUAGUGCACCUCCUUCUGUUUCUGGCCGCCACCCGGUGUAUCGUGGAGUUAGGAGUAGGAGUGGUGGGAAAUGGGUGUCUGAGAUUAGAGAGCCUAGGAGCCCUAAUAGAAUUUGGUUAGGCACAUUUCCUACCCCGGAAAUGGCUGCUGUUGCUUAUGAUGUUGCAGCCCUUGCUCUAAAAGGCAGAGAUGCCGAGCUUAACUUCCCAAACUCGGCUUCUUCUCUACCUGUUCCUGCAUCCACAUCCCCGCGUGAUAUUCAGGAGGCUGCAGCCUCUGCAGCUGCUGCUAUAGGGGCUGCAAGAGAUGCUUUAGGAAUUGGGAGUCAUCAUCAGCAGGAGGGUACGAGUAUUAUUAGUCAAACAGUGGAGCAGGAGAGGCCAAUGUCCAGUGAAUUUGUGGAUGAGGAUUUGAUUUUUGAUAUGCCUAAUGUUCUAAGGAAUAUGGCUGAAGGGAUGCUUCUUAGCCCUCCUCGCCUGGACAUUGCCGGAGAUGAAAAUACUGCUUCUGAUGAUGAAAACCCUGACCUAGGGGACCAAAACCUCUGGAAAUUCCCUUAAUCCCUAGCUUUUUUAAAAACUAUAUAUAUCUGUAUAAUUAUUAAACAAUAUACAA